AUGGUUACAGCACUAGAUUUUAUGGUCAAACAAGAGUGGUUGAAAGCAAUCCAUGAAAAUGACAACAAAUUUUAUGUGGUUUACUUAAAUGCCGCCGUAAGCGACUGUGUUUCCAUAUCGAUACUGCACGAUUUGGGAAUGACACCUUAUAAGGCAAGGCAACCGAUUAAAUACAAACUUGAGCAUGAUCAUGAUGGACACGUAAUGACAUAUUUGGGUAUAAAGCAGACAACGUCUUUGAGAGACAAAGGUAAAAGGAGAGUUCCGAAUAUACCAUCGCGUCGUCUCAAAAAAGCGCUGCUGAUGAGGGAGAGUAAUUAUGACGCCAACUUUCCAACGGAAACUGUCAAAAUUAUCUGUGCAACGGCUGCUGACGAUGUGGAUCCUGUAGACGUUGUCAAACCACCAGUAAACUUGAAAGGAGGUUAUCGCUAG